AUGUGGAAGAUUAUUUAUUUAGUUAGCAUUGUGGUUGCGACACCUACCAACCCUGGUGUCAACUUCACACCGAUCAACGAAUUUUCAUUAAAACUACUUAACAAUGUUUAUGCUUUCCAAGAGAGUUUUGGUGAAAAAAAUUUGGCCAUCUCACCUCUAUCUGUAUGGAGUAUUUUCUCUCUGCUAGCUGAAGGAUCGGCUGGGGAGACUUUCCAGGAGUUAAUGAGAGAGUUGCGGCUGCCGAACGACCUACGAUCAACCCAGGCACUGCACGCUGCUGUUGCCAAUCUAUUAAAGAAUUCAGAUAGUGAUGUCACGCUUAAAGGACAAUCAGCUAUGUUCUCCGACAACAACUUAAAGAUACACAAGGAGUUUUGUGAAUCAGCAAAUUAUUACAAUAAUAAAGUGUACUUUGUUGAUCCGACCAAUACAACGCUACUCGCUCAGGAUAUCAAUUACUACAUUUGCGUAGCUACAGAAGGAAAAAUACGCAAUGCAGUGAAACCCAAGCACUUGGAGAAUUUACGGAUGAUAUUAGUGGACGCUUUGUACUUUAAAGCAAGCUGGACGUAUCCCUUUGACCCGACUCAGACGAAAGAAGAAGCGUUUUAUAAUUGGCAAGGAAAGACGAUUGGUUCAGUCAACAUGAUGUAUCAUAAGGCGCCUCAUAACUUUGGAGAUUCAAAUCAAAUCCGUGCUCAGAUAUUGGAAAUGACAUAUGGCAAGAAGGAGCAGUUUUCAAUGUUGAUUCUUCUGCCAUUCGACGGGAUGCCGAUAAAGGCGCUGCUAGAAAACCUAGCGAGCCAGCCGUUAAACUGGAUGACAGACUUCAAAUCUGGUGAACUACCGGAGCUAGAUUGCUAUAUACCAAGAUUUAAACUAUCCACGCAAGCAGAUUUAAUACCACCGUUACAAUACUCAGGAAUUCAAAGGGUUUUUGACGCUGAAAAGGCGGAGUUACCAGGUGUAUCUGAUAGUCCACUAUAUGUUUCUAAAACAGUGCAAAGUGUUGAAAUUGAAGUGACCGAAGAAGGUACUGUGGCUGCGGCUUCUACUGUCGUUGGUUUAGAAGACCGAAUUCUAGGGCAAAGGUUCGAAGCGAACAAGGAAUUUGUUUUUGUCAUCACGGAUCGAACGACUGGUCUAAUAUUAUUCACUGGUGUGUACGCGGUGCCACAAAUUGUAUAA